AUUUGCUUUCGCACUUCAGCUGAAAACGUGAUGACUUUCGAAAAUAAGUAUAAAAAGCUAGACGAUGUUGAGCUAGAUUAUCAGUCAAAGUUGGUUUCCCGAUCGAUAACUGCACAAUAUUCAAAAUGUUCAAAAUCUUGAUGAUCUGCGCUAUUGUCGGCCUGGCCGCAGCCUUCCCAGAGGGAACCCCUGAUGAAGUCAUCCAUCGCAGUGAAGAUGUGCGCGCUGAUGGUUUUGAGUCCAAACUGGAGCUCACUAAUGGCAUCAAUGAGCGGCGUUCGGGUGAUGAGCAUGGCAACAUCAAGGGCAGCUUCAACUAUACCUCCCCCGAAGGCGAGCAUGUCUUGAUCACUUAUGUGGCUGAUGAGAACGGUUACCAACCAUCUGGCGCUGUUCUGCCAACCCCCCCACCAAUUCCAGUUGAGAUCCAAAGGGCUCUUGAGUGGAUCGCUCUUCACCCUUAUGUUGAGAAGGAGGAGACCGAAACCGAGGCCGAGGAAGAGAAAGAGGAAUAAUCUUUCCGUGAUCUAACCUUUAAAUUCUAACUUAUUGGACGAUGAUGACGAUGAUCGAUUAAUAUUUAAGUUUUCCAUCCUUGAUUCUGUAUUUUAUAAGUCUAUACAAAUACAAGCAGCAAAUUGCUAAUAGCAACAAUAUGAAAGUAUUUCUUAUAUGUCAAUUCAGAAACUGACGUUGCAUACUUUGCAUUCUUUUGCUGACGUCAAGCAAAUUAAUUAUUUCAAACAGAGCGGCAGUCUUUAUUGAAGCUUGAUUCUUUUGUUCACACAAUUGAAAAUCAAGAAUAUGGAAGAAAAAAAGCUAUCGAAAAAUAUGUAUAAGUGAACUACGUUUAAUAUUUAUCAAUCACUGAAGGCUAAAUUUGAAUCUAG